AUGGGUGCUUCCUACGUCACGCCGGAGCUCUGCUACGACCCGGCGUCGCCGUGCCGCUACGCGCGCGACUACGCGGCGGUGGCGUCGCUCGCGGCCAGGCUCCUGGCGCGCAACGCCACCGCGACCAGGGACAGCGUGGCCGUGGCCGCGAGGGCGGCCAACGCCACCGAGGGCCUCAAGUCGUGCCUGCAGCUGUACGAUGGCAUCGUGCCGGCGCUGGAGUGGGCGGCGGGGUCCGUGGCCGCGGGGCGGGCGUACGGCGCCGCGCGGGAGUUGAUGCAGGCGACGCAGUUCACGCAACGGGCGUGCGCUGGCAUGGUCGGGGCCGAGAUGCCAAGGGAGAACGGCGGCUUCGUCACGAUGGCCACCGUCGCGCACGCCGUCCUCUCUACCUCCGUUCCAAAGACUGAGUUGCUAGGUUUUGUUUACAAAGGAUAA